AACUUUGGAAAUGAACUAGCCAAGUCACCAAUGACGUUGUCCUGUAAACUUUGAUUGAAUUUUUCUUUCUUCCUUUCUUUCUGCAGCUGCUUGCAUGUCAAGGGGGGAUUGUAUCACGACAGUUCAUUUACAAUCCGACUGGCAUGCAGAUCAGUGCUGUGACACUUGCGGAAUUCUUGGGACCCCCAUGUCGUCAAAACCCUCCUUCACGUCCAGACAGGCUCAGGCUAGCGUGGGUUUAUGUUGGUUAGUGCCCCCGCACUGCCCUUCCGCGCUAUCCAUGUCUGUCCCGGUGACCCUUUCCCGUGGGCCUCCGUGAAGUACAUUGUAAUUCGUAGUAGAUAGAGAAGUCACUCAGCUAUAUAUUCCCUCUAUGCCACAACCGUGGUGCCCCCCACCCUCACCUCUCCCACGUACCACCCUUCGGUCUAUGGCCUCAACAGAAUCACCCCUCGGCACGUGUGAGACUUCAAAAUGUCCAACAGAUUCCGUUCCCAGCAACGCAAGAAGAACGCUCGGUCUAUCGCCUCCGAGGACCCCUGGAAGGUGGACACCCCCUUCGGACCACCCCAAAUCCCACAUUUCCCAGGCCGAGGAAUACGACGCAUUCGAAAUACGCUUCAGAAACUAUCGUCCUCUGCGCGUGCUGAGAAAGAACUCCUUAAGCAAAAGAAUCGCUUGAAGGUUCCCUUGACUGAGAGAAAUGUCGAUGCUCUUGUCACGGAGCAGCGGUUCACCGACGCUUGCUAUCCUGGUAAUCAUAGCAGAGAGCUGCAGAUCUCUGCAUGGCUUGAGCGACUAUCCUAGUGAUACGCACCAUCCUUACAUCACCCCGCGGGGAAUAUCCUCCAAGACCGACUUUCCUUCGCCCAUCCCAUCCUCGAACCAAGACGCUCGGCAACAAUUUUGAGGAGAAAUAAGGGUCGAAGAUCGGCAGUUUUCGUCUACGUCUCAGUGCGCUGGCCGACCAGACCAUCUUAUCAAGGAUAUACAA